ACUAUAACAUUUGCUAAUUUUGUAGCGCAUCGUGCGGGUUGUUCAUGUUAAACUUUAUGGAAUAUUGGACAGGCGAUAUGCUUUCUGACUGCAUCACUCAGGAGGAUAUGAAAGCAUUCCGAAGAAAAUUAAUUGCCAUGUUGCAUGAUUCGGAACUAAACAAAAUAAGAGGCAGUCCGAUAUAUAAUCAAUCUAAAGAUCAAGAAAAUGGAUCUGACUCUGAUAUUAUGGAAUUGCCAAGUCUAGGUAAAGAACACCAAGGAGAUGUAGCCAAAGAAAAUAUCCAGCUUCCUAUUUGCACCUUGUCCACCAAACCACAUGAGUUUGUUGACGAGAUAUGCAAAUACAUCAUGUCCAUUGACGAUGCAACAUGUUUGAAAAAAGAAUGGGUGCGAAGCUCCACACCUUAUCCACUAGGAUUAACUCUAAAGCAAAUUCAGGACAUACUCAGGAUGGACCAGCCAAUGGACAAGGAUUGUUUCAACAUGGCUGUGCGCAUAGUGACAUGUGAUGAGAUACAAUUUUUGAUAGAGCCUCCCGUGCACAACAUGGACUUAAGAUUUUGUUCGGCGAUACUCCAUGGUAGAAAACAUCCACUUUGGCGUGUUAAGCCAGAUAUUAAGGAGUUGGCAACAUUUUUUCAUAGCUGGCCUGGGAUAGACCUUAAUAUAUCAUCAUGCAACAUGGUAAGUUAGUCUAUUUUCCAUUAUUAACAUGAUUUAUGAAUGCUCACCACUUGCAGAUUUUUUUGCCACACGCAUUUCUUGGUCACUUCAUCUUGUUCACCAUCGACAAACAUGAGUGUCGUGUAUGUAUUUUAGACCCAUGUUCUGAAACUCUAUCAGAAGAGAGGUACCAACUAAAAUUACAAAGGUGUUCAUUCUAUCUAAAUGAUGCUCUUGAGGUAGCGCAACCUGGCUGGAAUUCCGAUAUUUAUUUCUGGCCACGUAAAUAUCCUCACAAUAUCCCAAUACCAACAAGCCCCGACAGAAAAUUGUCUGGAUACUUAGUAUUUAGUUUUAUGCUUUCAUGGGAUGGUAAAAGAUUUGUUCAUCCAGUUUGCAGCG